AUGGCGCUGCUCAGAUGCACGUGGCCAAAUUACGUUUGGAGAGCCAUGAUGGCAGGCUUGGUACACAGGGGAUUGGGGGCUUCCUUGACUCUCUGUCUUCUGGGAUGUUGGCUUCAGACUGCGCAUGUACUGUCACAAAAAUUGGAUGAUGUGGAUCCACUGGUGACAACCAAUUUUGGAAAGCUCAGAGGAAUUAAGAAAGAACUCAAUAAUGAAAUUUUGGGGCCUGUUAUUCAGUUUCUUGGGGUUCCAUAUGCAGCCCCACCAACAGGAGAACAUCGUUUUCAACCUCCGGAACCGCCCUCUCCCUGGUCAGAUAUCAGGAAUGCCACUCAGUUUGCUCCUGUGUGUCCUCAGAAUAUCAUCGAUGGCAGGUUGCCGGAAGUCAUGCUCCCUGUAUGGUUUACCAAUAACCUGGAUGUGGUUUCAUCUUAUGUACAGGACCAGAGUGAAGACUGCCUCUACUUAAACAUAUAUGUCCCGACUGAGGAUGUAAAAAGAAUAUCCAAGGAAUGUGCCAGAAAACCCGGCAAGAAAAUAUGUAGAAAAGGAGGUCCCCUUACAAAGAAACACACAGAUGAUUUAGGUGAUAAUGACGGUGCUGAAGAUGAAGAUAUUCGGGACAGUGGGGGUCCAAAGCCAGUGAUGGUGUAUAUUCAUGGAGGCUCAUAUAUGGAAGGUACUGGAAAUUUAUACGAUGGGAGUGUCUUGGCAAGCUAUGGCAAUGUGAUUGUCAUCACAGUCAACUACCGACUUGGGGUACUUGGUUUUCUCAGCACAGGGGAUCAGGCUGCGAAAGGAAACUAUGGCAUUCUUGAUCUCAUUCAGGCUCUAAGAUGGACUAGCGAGAACAUCGGAUUCUUUGGCGGUGACCCCUUGAGAAUCACUGUAUUUGGAUCCGGUGCUGGGGGUUCAUGUGUCAAUCUGCUGACUUUAUCCCAUUAUUCUGAAGGACUUUUUCAACGAGCAAUAGCUCAAAGUGGAACAGCGCUUUCCAGCUGGGCUGUUAGUUUCCAGCCAGCAAAAUAUGCUAGAAUGUUGGCCACCAAAGUUGGCUGCAAUGUUUCAGACACAGUAGAAUUAGUGGAAUGCCUCCAGAAGAAGCCUUACAAAGAACUCAUUGAUCAAGAUAUUCAACCAGCCCGUUACCACAUAGCCUUUGGACCUGUGAUUGACGGUGAUGUCAUACCAGAUGACCCUCAGAUCCUAAUGGAACAAGGAGAGUUUCUCAACUAUGAUAUCAUGUUAGGAGUUAACCAGGGGGAAGGGUUAAAAUUUGUUGAAAAUAUCGUAGAUAGUGAUGAUGGUAUAUCAGCUAGUGACUUCGACUUUGCUGUUUCUAAUUUUGUUGAUAACUUAUACGGAUACCCCGAAGGCAAAGAUGUUUUGAGAGAAACUAUUAAAUUCAUGUAUACUGACUGGGCCGACCGCCAUAACCCAGAAACCAGAAGGAAGACCUUACUGGCUUUGUUUACGGACCAUCAGUGGGUGGCACCUGCUGUAGCUACUGCAGAUCUUCACUCAAACUUUGGUUCACCCACAUACUUCUAUGCCUUUUACCAUCAUUGCCAAACAGAUCAGGUUCCGGCCUGGGCUGAUGCAGCCCAUGGAGAUGAGGUUCCCUAUGUAUUGGGAAUCCCCAUGAUUGGCCCUACAGAGUUAUUUCCUUGCAAUUUCUCCAAAAAUGAUGUGAUGCUGAGUGCAGUUGUAAUGACAUACUGGACAAAUUUUGCUAAAACUGGCGACCCAAAUCAACCAGUCCCUCAAGACACAAAAUUCAUCCACACCAAACCCAAUCGCUUUGAAGAAGUAGCAUGGACCAGAUAUUCUCAGAAAGACCAACUGUAUCUCCAUAUUGGAUUAAAACCAAGAGUGAAAGAGCAUUACAGAGCCAACAAGGUCAAUCUGUGGUUGGAGCUGGUACCUCAUCUGCAUAAUCUCAAUGACAUUUCUCAGUAUACCUCGACAACAACUAAAGUGCCAUCAACUGACAUCACUCUCAGACCAACAAGGAAGAAUUCCAUACCGGUCACAUCGGCCUUUCCCACUACAAAGCAGGACGAUCCCAAGCAACAACCAAGUCCAUUUUCAGUGGAUCAAAGGGACUACUCAACGGAGCUGAGCGUCACCAUUGCAGUCGGGGCGUCUUUACUCUUUCUGAACAUCCUAGCCUUUGCGGCCCUGUACUACAAAAAGGAUAAAAGGAGACACGAUGUGCACAGGAGGUGCAGCCCGCAGCGUACCACCACCAAUGACCUGACCCACGCACAAGAAGAAGAGAUCAUGUCCCUCCAAAUGAAGCACACUGAUUUGGAUCAUGAAUGUGAGUCAAUCCAUCCACAUGAGGUGGUUCUGCGGACCGCCUGCCCGCCAGAUUACACACUAGCUAUGAGGAGGUCUCCUGACGAUGUUCCCUUAAUGACACCUAACACUAUUACUAUGAUUCCCAACACGAUACCGGGAAUCCAGCCCUUACACACAUUCAAUACAUUCACUGGAGGACAGAACAACACCCUGCCCCAUCCUCACCCCCACCCCCAUUCACAUUCAACAACCAGGGUAUAG